AUGGAAGAUUUGCAUGGUAGCUUCAUGCGGCUAAGCAUCAAUGGCUGUAAAACAGAAUCCAAAGAUGAUCUUCAAGAAGAGGAAAUGUGGGAUUUGUUGAAUAAGAGAGAAGGUUCAAGUUCAAACUCAAAGAUGAGAAAAAAGAGACUACCCACGGCGGAAGUAGCGGCUCCAAGAGCCAUUCAAAGAGACACCUGGGUCGGCGGAGUAUACCAGGAGCCCACCGUGGUUUUGCACCUUUCAUCAGCCCCUGUGGACAUCCCUGAGUGGUCCAAGAGUUUGAAUAGUAAAUUUGCUAAUUUUGAGGCUGAUGAGGAGGAGGACGGCGGUGAAGUGGUGCCGCCACACGAAUAUUUGGCCAGACGAAUCGCUGGGAAUCAAACAGCUUUCUCUAUGUUUGAAGGAGUUGGAAGGACACUCAAAGGAAGAGACCUCAGCAAGUUGAGGAAUGACAUUCUAAGGAGAGAGCGAAAUCUGAGUAUUACCAUGGCCAAGAGUUCAUUCAAGAUUCAACAUCCCUUGGAGAAGAGGCAGGCAGAAUCCACUCGCAUCAGAGAGAAGUAUCCCGAUAGAAUACCAGUUAUUGUUGAGAAGGCAGAUAGGAGUGAUGUUCCUGAUAUUGAUAAAAAUAAAUUUCUCGUCCCUGCUGAUUUGAACGUUGGCCAAUUUGUUUAUGUGGUCCGGAAGCGUAUCAAGCUCAGUGCAGAGAAGGCUAUAUUUGUCUUUGUCGAGAACAUCCUGCCUCCCUCCGAUUCAUUGAUUUCGAAAAUUUAUGAGGAACACAAGGAUGAAGACGGGUUUCUUUACGUGACUUACAGUGGCGAGAAUACAUUUGGAUCAUCAGAAUUUCACUAA